AUACUAUUGUAGGGGAUGGAAUGCGGCGAGGUAUCUCGGCGGACAAAAGAAGAGAGUUACGACAGGAGAGAUGUUGGUUGGAGCAGCAAAAGUUCUAUUAAUGGAUGAAAUAUCUACUGGCUUGGAUAGCUCCACAACUUUUCAAAUUGUGAAAUCUAUCAGACAAUCUAUUCACAUUUUUAGUGGAACUGCAGUUAUCUCUUUGUUACAGCCAGCACCAGAGACUUAUGAACUUUUUGAUGACAUCAUUAUUUUAUCUGAUGGUCAAAUUGUCUACCAAGGACCACUUGAACAUGUUCUUGAAUUCUUUGAAUCUCUUGGUUUCAAAUGUCCUGAUAGGAAAACUGUUGCUAACUUCCUUCAAGAAGUAAAAGAUUUGAAGAAGUGUCCUAGAAUCAAAAUGCUACAGGAAAUUGCAACAACAAGAUGCACAAUAGACUGAUGAGCCAAACAAGCAAAUUGCGUGGGUCGCAGAUGUUGGACUUUAGUCCUCUUAAUCCUAAUUUUGACAUAAUUAACAAACAUACAAUGUUCAUACAUCAUAUGAUAAAUCUAACAUUUUAACUGAGUAAGAUU